AUGUCUUCGAUGCUGCCCUUUCUCGAGGUGAGCAAUCUGGCUGCCUCUUCCUCCUUCUACUCUACCGUUACCCACCCCCUUGGCCUGCGGUACAUCUUUGCCGCCAGCCCUUCUCCUGAUCUGCCGGGCUCUCCGUCCAUCGUCUACGGCAUAGCCUCCUCGCCCCCGGUGCCCGUCUUCGAGCUGCGCCAGGUCAGGGACCGCCCUCUCAAGCUCUCGCGUGUCGUCUUCUCCGCAGCCUCUCCGGCAGCCCUAAGGGACUUCAGCGCGCUCGUGCAGAGGAUCAAGGGAGUGGACUCGGGUGCCAUAGGCUUCGGAGACCACCCCGAGCUUGACGACCAGGCCUCUGGGGCGCAACUGGCGCAGCAGUCAGACGACAGCCCAGCCUCGGCCCAGACCGACCUCGACGGUAAUCUCAUCAGGAUGGAGGUGGUGUACGUGCCCCCCGUGCAGGACUAUCCGGAAUGGUACACUGGUUCCACCGUCAGGGAGACCCAAUCGACCCGGAGCGAGGCCAGCCGCAUCCUCAACUGGAACUACGAUGUUGCCGCCGAUUCUGCCGCCAGCCUGUCGUCUGAGCCCCCCACGCCGUCCUCGCACCGCUACGACGAGCGUCCUUCUCUCCUCCGCCGCAGUGUCACCACCACCACGACCCUGCUGGAACCGACGGACCCAGGGUCGGCGUCACAGAGCCCCCGCGGCCUCAGCGCUGUCGGUGCGGCUCUCAUGGGGGUCGCCGCUGGCGCCGCGCUCGGGGCCGGCAUCACGUACUCCGUGGUGAGGGGCUCACAAGACUUCGAACCGCCCUUGGCCCAGCGCCGAUCGACAUUCCCACGCCAGUACUCAGACUCGCACAGCCGGCGUGAUGGUGGCACAUCGGUGGCGGACCGCCGGCCGCCGCCUACCUUGCUGACCAGGCACUCGUACUCCCAGGCGCCAUCCGCCGCGGAUCGGGACGCCGACAGUGGCUAUGACGAUGCCCGCAGCCGGCACUCGUCGCGCUCUAGGCCAGCCGGCACGCCGAGUGUCCGCACGCGCAGCGAGCUGUCGACCAGCCGGAAGCCGCUCCUGCUGACGGACGUCGCCAGCCGCAGCAACGCAGGUUCUAGGUCCAGCGCCAGGACGGCCGAGAUGGAAGACGUCGUCUUGGGGCCAGGAAACCCCAGACCCACUAGCUCCAGGUACAGCACGGCGUCCAGGACGUCGAAGCACCCGCCCUCGGUCCGCCGGAGCAGCACCUACGACGGCCCCGUGGUUGAUAGCUACAGCUGCGUCUCGGCGGGGAGCUAUCGCACGCAGAGCACUGUGCGCCCCCCGCCCCCGGCGCCGCAGCCCGAGCAGGUGCCCCGCGCCUUAUCCAAGGCUCCCUCCAAGGCGCCGUCGAAAGCGCCGUCCAAGGCCCCGUCCAGGGCACCAUCCAAGGCGCUGGGCCCAGCGAGCAGUCGGGAGUCUGCCGUCACAGCAUGGCCGCGCGCGAGAGCCGACAGCUACGUCUCAGCGAGGCACGUUCCUUUACCCCCAAGCGGUGUAGGGAGCAACUAUGCGGAUGAUGACCUUGAGAGCCUCGCCCCGAGUGACAGCAUUAGCUGCGUGGGCAGUCGUAGGAGCGAGAGGCUGUACCAAUAA